AUGAAAUUCCCAACCCUCUUCCUCGUAGCCCUCACCACCGUCGCGAGCGCGACCCCCAUCAUCUCCCUCGAACUAGCAGAACGCCAGAUCAUGACCGACAACCCAACCAACAUCUGCGGAACAUGUGCUCUCGUCAUCGAUCUCUACUCCAAGGUAAACCACUGCCUCCCCAAUGAGAUAAGGAAGAAACAAGGUGCUUGUUACGAUGAACAGGUGUGCAAGGCUGUUAAGAAGAAUCUGCUGUGCAAGGGCGCUUGCGGGUAUUCGUGUAUGAGCGUGUGA